CGAGCACUAAUCCAUAUCUCUUAAUUCAUUACAUUUAUUUUCCCCUCUACCUAUUUCUUUCUCGUAUACACAAAUAAUAAGAAUCUAGCUACUUUGAUCUUUUAAUCAAGAAAGCAAAAAAGAAUCUAGGGUUUUUUUUUGUGGUGGAAGAUUUUUUCGUCUUUUAUAAAAAUGAGGCAGUUUGUGAAAUUUUUCCCACUACUGGCCAUCGUAAUCAUAAGCUUAGCCGGAACGGCGACGAUAGAGGCUGCGACGGGAUUGAACCCUCCGGUGAAGCUGGUUUGGCAUUAUUACAAAGUUACUAACACUUGUGAUGAUGCAGAAACUUAUAUUAGAUACCAAGUUGAAAAGUUUUAUAAGAAUGAUAGUAGCAUUGCCCCAAAGCUUCUUCGUCUCCUCUACUCCGAUUGUAUGGUUAAUGGAUGUGAUGCUUCGGUUCUUUUGCAAGGACCAAACUCGGAGAGGACAGCUCCACAGAAUCGAGGGCUUGGAGGUUUUGUGAUAAUCGAUAAAAUAAAGCAAGUUCUUGAAUCACGCUGUCCUGGUGUUGUUUCUUGCGCUGAUAUCCUCAACCUUGCCACUAGAGAUGCUGUUCACAUGGCCGGUGCACCGUCUUAUCCUGUGUUUACCGGGAGAAGGGAUGGAGGGAGAUUAAAUGCAGACGCCGUAGAUCUGCCAUCACCGUCCAUCUCAGUCGAUGAGUCAUUGGCAUACUUCAAGUCCAAAGGUCUUGACGUUUUGGAUAUGACUACUCUUCUAGGAGCACAUUCAAUGGGGAAGACACAUUGCAGCUACAUAGUGGACAGACUAUACAACUUCAAGAACACUGGGAAACCAGAUCCGACCAUGAACUCAACAUUGGUUUCACAACUUCGAUAUCUUUGUCCUCCAAGAACACAAAAGGGACAAACGGACCCACUCGUUUACCUAAACCCAGACUCAGGCUCGAGCAACAGAUUCACCAGCUCCUACUACUCUCGUGUCUUGUCUCACAACGCUGUUUUGAGGGUGGACCAAGAGUUGCUCAACAACGAUGACUCAAAGGAGAUCACGCAAGAGUUCGCUUCGGGUUUUGAAGAUUUCAGAAAGUCAUUUGCUUUGGCAAUGUCGAGGAUGGGAUCUAUCAAUGUUUUGACGGGAACAGCUGGAGAGAUUCGGCGAGACUGCAGAGUUACCAACGCUAAUUACGGGGCUUAAACUAUAUUUACAUCUUAUCUAAUUUAUGUGUGUG